AUGGCGGUCGACGUCGAUCCGGCUUGUACCGGGCUGCUGUACGAACAGCUUCAUCGGGUGAUCAUCCACCGUAACAUCUCGUCGUCGGUGAGCCGUUUCAUUGUCCUGACCUUGCGUCUCAACUCCACCGGUGAUGGUGAUGCAUCCGGCAGACCAGAGGAUCGGUGUUCUUGUCCGGAUGGAAUCAUGCCACUCAAAGUGACGAUAAAGAUGCUGGGAGAAAGGCGACACCGGGAAAGAUACAGAUCAUCGGGAACUCUCCUGAUCGGUAAAGUGGACUCCUUCAACUCACGAAAGCUGCUGCUCGAUUCAAAUCGCACCAUCGAUCUGAUGACGAAGCAGCAGCACCUGGGUUCCUGCUGUGCUGCUCUGUACCAAGACAGCAACCGAUGCGUCGUGCACGGGGACAUCAAACCGGCGAACGUGAUGCUCGACGCGUCGCGCGACGCCAAGCUCGGCGACUUCGGCCUCGCGAGGCUCGCCGAGCACGGCGCUGAGCUCCGAACGACGCAGAUCAUCGCGGGGACCCUAGGAUACAUCGACCCGGAGUUCGUGAACAGUCGCAGGCCUAGCACCGAGUCGGACGUGUACAGCUUAGGCGGCCCUCCAUUGCGCAAGCUAUGGAAGCUCUGCGAUCGGAGAGGGCAGAGCUGCCGGUGCUAG